AUGUCGUUCGAUGAAUCACUUUGUAGAGAAGUUUGCGAUAGGGAUGAUAUGAACGAUUCUCUUUUUGAUAUAAUACGACCGGUUAUCGAACAUCUUCACGAUCAAAUACGUUUGACUCGUUCUAGUCAAUACAAUCUUAAUCAGUGCAUUGAUAACUUAUCACAACGUUUAAAGGAAAUUGGCUACGAUGAAUGUGCACCGUAUGAUCUCGAUUUAUUUGUACGUAAAUUGGAAAAUUCAAUGGCAAGAAUAAAUUCAGCAGAAUCUUCUCUUAAGGAUAUUCAUGAUCGUCUCAGUCGCCUUCAAAGGCAAAUUGCUCGUGAAACAUAUCAACAAAAACAGCGCUUAUCACAAAUUCCACCUUCACCACCAGCUCAUUAA